GUCUCAUCUUCUCUCCCUCUCUCCCAAACCCCUUCCUAUCAGACCAUUCUUCAUAUCAUUCUACUCGCAUGCUGGAUGUCGACGAGCUCGUCCCUAAACAAACCUACCAAGGUUUCUAGACUUGACCAACGUGACCACCUACAGUACAUACCUACGCCCCCCGCCUCCCUCCGUAACUCCUCGUCAGCCUUCCUCGUCAUAUUCCGUACAUAAUCCUGGUUCCGCUGAGACGAUUUGACAGGUGAAGCAUCCCCAUCGCCGAACUCUUUGAGCGCCCACCACACGCCCCACACCGUCACCGCCUAACCCACUUGCCCACUUGUCGACGCGGACUCGUCCUUGGACUCUAGUCGACCCAAACUCUACUGGACGGUUUCCCCUCUAGUUACACUCUGCCUGCCAAGCUUCUAACCUCCCAAACUGCAAUUGACCACAUCCCUCCAACGCCCCCCGGUGUGCCGAUUCCCAGCAGGUCUUCCCCAGCACCUCGGACCCCCCCCCCAAGUCCCCUACUUUUAUUACCUACCUACUUUAGGGACCCUCCUCGUGCGCUGCAGGCGUACCCUUCAUCUCCCGGUCCAUAUCCCUCUGAACAUCCACCUCUACGCCGCCUACCAGUACAGCUUUGCCUGCACCUUCAUUAAGUCACACCCACCCAUCCGUCUCUCCAACUGGCCAAAGAGAAUCGACUCUUUUGUCGCAAUAACAUUAUCAUAUCUCUACGCUCGCCUCCCUCACCAUCAACACCCUCCUCUUCUCACCCCCCCUCGGACUUAUCCAUCCUCCCACCAUCUUUCAUUCCACAUCCUCCGCAGUUCAUGUUUGAUCACGAAGAGAGUCCUCCCCCACUCCAUCACUCGCCUUCCUCGAGUGACCGUUCCUCAUUUACCUCGAGAGACACCACUCCAGUCACUCCGGUGGGCAACGGCCCUGUCCUCGCCAGAAAGGUCGACAAGGACCCUCUGCCUUGGUUCAAAAGACCUAUCGACAUCGGCCGCUCCACCACUGGCCUCUGUCUGCCCAGUCCUCGCCUUGAACCAGACUUCGACGAUCAUUCAUUUCCCUCCUUCGGCGCCUCGCCUCCCUGUCAGGGAAUGGGUCACGUCGCCAACCCCGUCAACAUUCUCUCCAGGCAAACUUCAACAUCCCCACGUGGCAACCAGCCCUCCAAUCUGACCUCGGCCCUUCAACGAUCUGACAGCGACGAGAAAAGAAGCAUGGCCCAACCCAUCCCCGAGACCGCUUUAAAUCGGCCCAUUCCACAGAUGCCGCCCACCACCUCAGAUGACUUCUCUCGCUUCGAGCGUGGCGCACGCCCCAUCGCAACCAAGAACCUAUCUCAUCAACAGCCUAGACGCGAGAGUAUGGCCCAGAGUAUCGGCGGCACUGGAAUGAGCUGGGGAGGCAUCUCAGUCGGAAGCUGGAUUCGAGAAGAUAUGAUUAUGGCUGGAACUUCUCCCUUUGCCCUCAACUCUCCCUCCUACCACUCGUCAUCCUACCUGCCCAAGCUAGAAGCCAACUUCAUGAAGGACUUUUCCUGCUGUGGCCUCACUCUCCCCUCUCUGCACGAUCUGCUGCAGCACUAUGAAGAAGCCCAUGCUCAGAAAGAGCCCAUUCACCCCGACACCAAUCAGCAAAUGCCGGAUACUCGAGCCGCCAUCGCCGCCACCACAGCCGCCAACGUUCAACAGGAAGCCCAACAACGACAGCAGAAUAUGCAACAGAACACGGCUGGCCGGCCCUUCGGCCAACAGCCCACCUUCUCCCAGCACAAUCAACGAUCCAUGGGCUUCGCCAACACUUUGCAGACCAUCCCCGACAUGGACACCGUAGAGGAUAUGGAAAUGGAUGAUGUUGACAACGAUGACCAAAACACCCCUCCCUCUAAUUUGUACACCCAGAACCUCGGUCAGACCUCACCGCCUACAGCGUUUAAUUCUCCCGCCCAGCCACAGAUCCCGCUCUUGAACACGGGCAUGAUGCAAGGCCACCAAACAUACCGACAAUCCACACCCAGCACCCCCAUCGCCUCAGGACGGGUUUCUGCUCCGUUUCAAGGGACCAGCGGCUCUUCGACCUUGAUGGCCAAUCCCAUGCAGCAGUUCCAGGACCUCCAGAAUGCGUACCGCGGUACCCCAGAUUCUUCAGCCCCCGGCUCCCCUGGAGAAUUGGACGAAUCCAUCAUGGCGGGCAUCAACGACAUGUCGAUGCAGAACAACCUCUUCAACGGCAUGCCCAACGGCUUUGGCAAUUUCGGUUUCGGGCCAAACAAUGACAUGAUCGACUUGUGUAUCGACGAACCCGCGAAGCGUCUAUUCUCCCCCGGCAAUCCGGGCUUGAACCAAACUCAGGGCCAACAGUCGACCAGUCGGCUAGGAAGCGGGCAGUAUGGGGCCAAUAGCGACAUCGCUCGCACCAUCCGUGAGAGACAAGUCGCUGCUGGACUUCCAGACACCAUGACUAACGCUGGUGCGUCUAAUGAAGAGCCUAAACCCUUCCGCUGUCCCGUUAUUGGCUGCGAGAAGGCGUACAAGAACCAAAACGGGUUGAAAUACCACAAAGCACACGGACACAACAGUCAGAGACUGCACGAGAACGGCGACGGAACCUUUUCGAUUGUCGACCCCGACACGGCCGAACCAUACCCCGGCACCAUGGGCAUGGAGAAAGAGAAGCCUUACAAGUGCGACGUGUGCCAGAAGCGGUACAAAAAUUUGAAUGGGCUCAAAUACCACAAGACUCACUCUCCUCCGUGCAAUCCUGAGUUGCUCAACGCCAACAAGAGCCCCGGGUUGGCGAUUCCCAACAUGAUGGCCAAGACCGGUGGAAACAUGGGAGCCGGUCUUUCCGGUGACAUGAGUAUGAUGUGAUAGAAUGGCCAAGGCGAGGUUUUUCAACAAGAGCCUGGCCUCGACUUUAGUCUACUGGAGACUUUGGACAUGAUCAUUGUCUGGAGUAUCGCUUACUAUUUAUGGUCGACGCGUUGUCGACCAUGCAGUUUCCCUCACCAAUGACGCAAUGGCUGUGAUGGAGUACUCAACGCUCCAGCCAGGCCGUGAGAAUGCUACAUUGCCGGGUUUACACACCCACGGCUCUUCUCAGAAGACGCGUCUGUCCUGUCUUGCCGGCAAUGGCUAGUCCCAUGCCAGCCAUGGGGCAAUGAGGAUACUUUUCAGACGAUGCAAUCAAGCGGAAUGGCUGGAAAUGGGCAUCUCCCAAUGUCGGAAUCGACGAGGAGUGAUAAAAGUUUUGAUCUUAAAAGGACGGCGAUUUGAUUUGACCUAUGUCGGAGUUGGGUUUGGAUACAGCGUUGGGGUUAUGGCUGGUCACAUGACCUAGGAGUGGAUAAUUCAAGACCGUGAUUUUCAGCGACAGGAUGGGCGGCGAUAUGAUGCAACGGACUCAGAGAGAAGACAGGCGCUUGCUCAGAUUGGGAUACAAUAGAGAAGCACGGUCGCGGGAGGCAUGUACAGAUGCCCGAAUCAGUGUCUUUGACGGGGAUUUGUGCUUUUGGCCGUGGAAUGAUACCCUACAGCGCCGUUGACGGAGGGAGGUCCAAGGAGUCGAUAAUUGUUAGACAUGCUCCAGCUGGGAGUGAGCACUGGAUACUGUAGAAUCAGAUGCGUUGAUAGAGUAGGCCAGAAAAAACAAUCACAUGUUUGGCUAACCACAAAUCAA